UCUGACCCCUCUCCCACAGCUGGAGGUGCAGUUCAUCGUGUGGGGCGCCCACCAUCACCCGGAGAAGGAGUUCUGCUCCUACCUGCAGUACCUUGAGUACCUGAGCCAGAACCGGCCCCCCCCCUCUGCCUACGAGCUCUUUGCCAAAGGCUAUGAGGACUAUCUACAGUCCCCCCUGCAGCCCCUGAUGGACAACCUGGAGUCCCAGACCUACGAGGUCUUUGAGAAGGACCCCAUCAAAUACUCCCAGUACCAGCAGGCGAUCUACAAGUGCCUGCUGGACCGGGUGCCCGAGGAGGAGAAGGAGACGAACGUGCAGGUGGUGAUGGUGCUGGGGGCCGGCCGGGGCCCGCCAGGCCAGCCGGCGGGUGAAGAUCUACGCUGUGGAGAAGAACCCCAAUGCGGUGGUGACGUGAGUGCCCGCAGCCGCGUUGGAGCUCGCUGAAAGCUAGGCCCUGUG